AUGGUCGCUCGAUACUCGUCUAGCCGAAAGGGCUAUGGUCGUAAGCCGUAUAAGAAGAGGAUGCCGCUAAAGAAGCGAAGCGGAAAGAAGACUAUAGGAAAGGCGGUAGUUUCCCGCGUAGUCCAACGUGCGGUAAAGGAUGAGGUUGCUCGUCUUGCGAAAGGUCCGCCUCAGAAGGUGAUUCUGAGGGGUCAUCCGGAUAAGGUUAUCUUGUGUAGCGAAGGUCCCCAAGCGGCGGAGUCGUACUUCCGGGUUCCGAUUACGCAGGUGAUUCCGGUUCAGCGGUCGAUGAAUAGUGGUCCCGACAGUUGUUGGAGGCGUACCGAUAAGGUCCAUAUAAAGGGAGUCGGCGUCCGACUGAAGUUAACGUUUGCUACCUCAGUCCAGGUAAUGGGCGUAUGUUAUCCGGCGCGGGUACAGGAAAAGUUGGUCGAGACGGACGGAGGGGGUGGAGAUAUUCCGACAACUUUUAGAGUUGGGUUCGAAGAUCAAACAGCGAAGCGGGUUCGUCUACUAAGGGUAGAGGAGACGAAUUUUCUACGGGUAGCGAAAGACGGACCGUUUUCGGUUAUCCCUGGUCCGAAAGGGUCGAUAAUGUUUGAUUCGACGGAUCAUAGCCUAUUUAAUUGCCGGUUGGCGGACGGGCCUGGGCAGCCGGUAGGCGAGGCAAGGUGGAAGGUCGGUGAGGAUGAGAAGCGGAAGAGUGGGAGGACGUUCGCGCAGGAGUACCAUGUCAGCGGUAUAAUGCGGACGCAGAAUUGGGCGCCGAAUACGCCGGGAGGCUAUGUUCAGUAUGAUACGCGGGAUAUCCAGGUAUAUUGGGCGCUGGAUAAGAAGAUGGAGUUUGCAACGUCGGAGGGGAACCUUCCUGUGUUUGAGCCGAAUCUAGAGUUGAUGUUUGGCGUCCGGGCGUUAGGUGCGAUCCUGCCCAAGGAUGGAAAUCGCGGAAUGGGUCCGUUGGAGUAUGGUUGGUUGUCCAACCUGAUGCUUGAUGUUUAUUACUCGUGA